CCGGCAGCGCCGGCCCCAUGCCCGCCGGCAGCCAGGGCCCCGCCGCCCAAUCCGCGCGGCGGCCGCCGCCGCUGCUGCCCCUACUGCUGCUUUGCGUCCUCGGGGCGCCGCGAGCCGGAUCAGGAGCCCACACAGCUGUGAUCAGCCCCCAGGAUCCCACACUCCUCAUCGGCUCCUCCCUGCAGGCCACGUGCUCAGUGCACGGGGACCCACCAGGCACCACUGUGGAGGGCCUCUACUGGACCCUCAAUGGGCGUCGCCUAGCCCCCGAGCUCUCCCGAGUGCUCAACGCCUCCACCCUGGCCCUCGCUCUGGCCAACCUCAACGGAUCCAGGCAGCAGUCGGGGGACAACCUUGUGUGCCACGCCCGUGAUGGCAGCAUCCUGGCCGGCUCCUGCCUCUAUGUUGGCUUGCCCCCAGAGAAACCUUUCAACAUCAGCUGCUGGUCCAAGAACAUGAAGGACUUGACAUGCCGCUGGACACCGGGGGCCCAUGGAGAGACCUUCCUGCACACAAACUACUCGCUCAAGUACAAGCUGAGGUGGUAUGGGCAGGACAACACGUGUGAGGAGUACCACACAGUGGGACCUCACUCCUGCCACAUCCCCAAAGACCUGGCUCUCUUUACACCCUAUGAAAUUUGGGUGGAGGCCACCAACCGUCUAGGCUCAGCCCGCUCCGAUGUGCUCACACUGGACAUCCUGGAUGUGGUGACCACCGACCCCCCACCCGACGUGCACGUGAGCCGAGUGGGGGGCCUGGAGGACCAGCUGAGUGUGCGUUGGGUUUCCCCGCCUGCCCUCAAGGACUUCCUCUUCCAAGCCAAGUACCAGAUCCGCUACCGAGUGGAGGACAGCGUGGAUUGGAAGGUGGUGGACGAUGUAAGCAAUCAGACUUCAUGCCGCCUGGCCGGCCUGAAGCCAGGUACCGUCUACUUUGUGCAAGUGCGCUGCAACCCCUUUGGCAUCUAUGGUUCUAAGAAAGCUGGGAUCUGGAGUGAAUGGAGCCACCCCACAGCUGCCUCCACCCCCCGCAGUGAGCGCCCGGGCCCGGGCGGCGGGGCGUGCGAGCCGCGGGGCGGGGAGCCGAGCUCGGGGCCGGUGCGGCGCGAGCUCAAGCAGUUCCUGGGCUGGCUCAAGAAGCACGCGUACUGCUCCAACCUCAGCUUCCGCCUCUACGAUCAGUGGCGAGCCUGGAUGCAGAAGUCGCACAAGACCCGCAACCAGCACAGGACGAGGGGAUCCUGCUCUCGGGCAGACGGGGCGCGGCGAGAGGUCCUGCCAGAUAAGCUCUAGGGGCUGGGGCCACCCUCCCUGCUGCGUGGAGACCUGGGGGCUGCACCCAGAUUGGGGGCCACCUCUGUACCCUCACCUGAGGGCGCCAGAGCACCCUCAGCAGGAGCUGGGGUGGGUGCUCUGAUGGUCAUAUCUUUGACCUCCAUGUGAGACCACACUUGGGUGCUCUCUGGUGUGUGUGUGUGUGUGAGGGUCAGUUAAGCCACCCCAGAACCCAUGCCAGGGCCAGGGGUGAAGAGGGCUCAUUACUCCCCCUACCCAGGACCCCUCCAAAGAGUCUGUAAAUAAACAAGCUCUUUAGGUGCCCUGAUUGUGAAGGUGUUUGGGGGCGGGAAUGGCCUGGGGUGGGGGCUGUGGGGUUUAGGGGAGGCAUGAGGAAUCCUAAUUACCUUUUGUGAUUGUAAUCUUUGCCUCCCAGAAUUUCAGCUUUUUUCUUUCCAGUGCCUGAAAUAUCUGGUUCUAAACUCCUUGGAGGUGUGAUUCAAAAC